GACCAGUUCCGCCUUUUGCUUUUCUCCCAUUUCCAAAAGCAUAGAAGCUGCUGAAGGGCGAGAGAGUGAAGAAUUUCUGAGAGCCAAAUUCGCCGUCCAAGGGGUGCGACCUGAGAUCAUAGCCGGAGAAUUCACCGAUUUCAAUCUACGAUGUGGAGAAGAUUGCUCUCAUCGCCUCUCAAAUCCUUAAAAUCUCUUCCCUCAUCAUCGACGCCUGCAUCCGCUCCGUUGGGAUACAUUUCCAAAGCCACUCGACGCGCUGCUGUUUCUCAUGUUUCUCCUUCCCCGGCUGUUUCGCUUUUCGCUAGCCAUUACGCCUCUGAUUCUGCUGAUACUGGUCUGAAGAAGAAGGUUGAGGAUAUAAUGCCAAUCGCAACCGGACAUGAGCGUGAAGAGCUUGAAGCUUCGCUUGAGGGAAAAGACAUCCUUGACAUAAACCAUCCUGUUGGUCCUUUUGGAACUAAGGAAGCACCUGCAGUUAUCAAGUCAUAUUAUGAUGAAAGAUUAGUUGGAUGCCCUGGAGGUGAAGGCGAGGAUGAGCACGAUGUUGUCUGGUUUCGUCUGAGGAAAGGCGUGCCGCAUGAAUGCCCUGUGUGCUCGCAGUACUUUGUGCUGGAAGUGGUGGGACCUGGAGGAUCGCCAGAUGGUUAUGGAGACGAUGAUCAUCACCAUUGAUUACAACCAUGUCCAUCCGUCCUUGAGAAUAAACCUUGGUUUUUAGGAGAAACAAAUCCCACAAUUGCUGUAGUUCUUAUUUAAAGCUGUGUUUUGUUUGUUUUCUGCUGGUCCUUGUUUCUUUUGCAGUUCCUUCAGCAACAAAGGAAAUCUGAGUUUUUUUCCAAGUCAGUCAGAAGACUGCAAGUCAUCUGCUAGAAAGUACGGUUUCUUUUGGCUUUUCUUCUAUGCAUUUCCAAAUAAUUGGAGGCAUCUCAAUUCUUUUCCAUUAACUUCCAAUCAAACCCAUUGAUCUUUAGAAAAUAAUCUCUGAGAACCUGCGAAAAUGAAUCGAUUUAGGAAGUGUGAAAUGGCUGUAUGGAAGUGGUUUUAGGUGCAAUUCCUUGCCUCUUUUAUUGCAAAUCUUAAAUAUUUCAUACU